GGAAUCGUUGAAACGAUGCCGAACGCUGAUCGUCUGAACUGCAGCUGUUUUUGUUUCCUGAUUAGUUGGUUUAAUGUGUUCCUCUCUCUCUCAGGGACUCCCAUCAACAAGCCCCCAGUGUUGGGCUAUAAGGACCUGAACCUAUUUAAGCUCUUCAGGCUGGUCUACCAACUGGGAGGCUGCCGCAAGAUCGAGUCCGGCACGGUGUGGAAGCAGGUCUACAUGGAUCUGGGGAUCCCUAUACUCAACUCUGCUGCAUCCUACAAUGUUAAGACGGCCUACAAAAAGUAUCUGUUUGGGUUUGAGGAGUACUGCUGCUCAGCCGGCAUCACCUUCAGAACCAUCCACCACAACGACCCCCUUCCCAGCACCACGAUGAGCUAUCAUAAAAAAGGAAAAGGUGAUGUAAAGGAGUCCUUCAUGACACCACUGAAAGAGCAUUUUGCUGAAGACAAGAAGGAGGAGGCAGAUUCAGAGAGCGAGAGCGAAAAGGAGGUGAAGGAGAGACAUUCAUCGCCCAGGGGAAGGAGGAGGGGGGGCGUGGGGAGUCGGGGAAAACUUCCCGCCAAACCAGAAAGUACCGGACGGGCAGCAGACGCCACUGAGGAGCAGCAAAGAGAGGUGAGGAGGCGCAGCAACAGGAGACCGGAUGACUCUGAGAAAGGCUCUGAUGAGGAGGAAGAGGAUGACGAUGACGAGGAGGAUGACGAAGGGGAGGAAGAGAGAAGAGGACAGGGGUAAGAUUCUGAUAAUGAAUUGGUAAAUAUAUUAGCUCUGUGUAAAGCCACAUCUCUAUUGCAAACUUAAAGGUGAGGAGUGACCCUGUUUGUCUAAUGACAUUUGUUCUAAAUUAAACACAAUCCAGUAAAAUAUUGAAAGAAAUAGAUUCAAGCUCAUUCAUAGGUUUGACUAUAUGGGGCUGAAUUGAGGUUCUGAGGGCAGAUUGUCUAUAAAACGCU